AUGGAUAGUUCCCAGGCUGGUGCAGUCGUCGACGAUCCUCUGAGACGCCGUCACCGACCGCUGGACGAAGCAGACGUGAAUGUCGCCGGGCAUCAUCUUGAUGGGCAGCAACAACAACAACCACAACAUGUCUUUCUCCAAACUCCACAUCUCCCGCCGGCUGCUGCUGGCAUGCCCCGACGUGACCGAGCCACCAACUUCCAUCGGGCAGCAAAGCCUAGAGCAGCUUUUGCUUAUGCAGCGAUCGGUAUUUGUUACCUUCUCAUGGGUAUUUUUGUCCACCAACGGACGAAUUCGUACCCGGAGCCCAAGAACAGCGACAACUCCUUGCCCAGUGAGUUCAGAGAGAAAAAUGCCAGACGUUACCUGGAGCAGAUCACCAGCUUUGGUCCCCGUGUGUCCGGUAGCGAAGCUCACGUCAAAGCUGAACAAUACAUACUGGAAGUGAUUCAGGAAAUCAACGCCAACAAACUGUCCCACAAUGAAGUGGAGGUUUCCAUUCAGACCGUCAGUGGUGGGUUGACUGUGGAUUUUGUCAGUGCCGGGAUGGGGGAGUUUUCUAGUGUCUAUCAGAAUUUGAAGAAUGUCAUAGUCAAAGUGGCUCCUCCCCAGGGUGCCAACAGUAGUCUGCUGGUCAACUGUCAUUAUGACACUGUCAUUGAUAGUCCAGGUGCCGGGGACGAUGCAGCCAGCUGUGCAGUGAUGCUGGAGAUGCUGCGGGUCCUCACUCACAGCUCUGUUUAUAUCAUGCAUAACAUCAUUUUCCUCUUCAACGGUGCUGAGGAGAACAUGUUACAGACUAGCAUGGCUUCAUUACAGAGCAUCCCUGGGCUCCCAGUGUCAGAGCGUUUGUCAAUCUAG